AUGUCUGAGACUGCGCCAGCAGCCCCAGCCGAACCUGUUUUAUCUUCUAUGGAGAAGCCUCCAGCCAAGAAGCGAGGGAAGAAGCCGGUUGGCUUGACGGGUGGAAGUCGCAAAGUUCCUGGUUCGUCUGUGUCCAAGUUGAUCACUGAGGCUCUCUCAGUGUCCCAGGAGCGAGCGGGCAUGUCGCUGGCCGCUCUCAAGAAGGCGCUGGCAGCUGCCGGCUACGACGUGGAGAAGAACAACAGGCGCAUCAAGUUGGGCCUCAAGAGCCUCGUGAGCAAGGGCACUCUGGUACAGACUAGGGGUACCGGCGCCUCCGGCUCUUUCAAGCUAAGCAAAAAGGCUACUCCUGAGCCCGCCAAGGGCAGAGUCAAAAAGGGUGCUUCUGCCAACGCUAAGAAGCUGGUCUUACCCAAGGGCUCGAAGUCUCCAAAGAGUGCCAAGACCAACAAGAGGACCAGCAAGGCGAGGACACCAGCAGCUCAGCCAUCUGCCAGAGGCGGCAGGAAGUCUAAAGGUGCUAAGGGCAAGCAACAGCUGAAGAGCCCAGGGAAGGGAAGAACUGGGAAGCCCAAGACCGGCAAGCCCAAAUUAACGCAGCAAAGGACAAAUCCUAGGAAGACAGCAUCCAAGAAGUAA